AUGUGGCGCUGGGCUUUCGCUUUGGCGUUACUGUGCGCUGCAUUUGCGCGCUCUAACGCAUUGAAACGUGCUGAGAUGUCGGCGGCGCCUUUUAUACUGACCUCGCGGUAUGGACGUUCGCCGCCACGAAUGAUAGAACCACGCAAUGACAGCACAGUCCAGCGAAGGGAACCAAUUAAAAGAUCUAGUUGUGAAGACUAG